AUGGCUACAACUGUUCGUACUCUAUGUGUUGAGCUGAAAAGGUUCACUCUGCCUUACUCCUCCAACUGGGUUUCGAAGACGAAAGUUUUGUGCUGCAAGAUGUCCACCGAGUCACCUUCCUUGACUCACACCAUCACACUGCCCAAUAAACCCAGUGAGCCCAUUCAUAUUGUUGCUGCUCCCGGGGUCUCCCAUUCUGAUUUCUGGAAUGCUGUUGAAUCCUCUCUAUUCAAGCAGUGGUUGCAUAACUUGCAAACUGAGAAUGGAAUUCUAGCUGAUGGCACCAUGGCUCUGAGACAAGUUCUAGUUCAGGGAGUUGACAUGUUUGGAAAGCGCAUUGGGUUUCUUAAGUUUAAAGCUGACAUUUUUCACAAGGAAACGGGAAAAAAGAUUCCAGGCAUUGUAUUUGCAAGAGGACCAGCUGUAGCAGUGCUGAUACUCCUGGAAUCAGAAGGUGAAACUUACGCUAUUCUUACUGAACAGGCAAGGGUUCCUGUUGGAAGAAUUAUUUUGGAAUUGCCUGCUGGAAUGCUGGAUGAUAACAAAGGUGAUUUUGCUGGUACUGCAGUUCGUGAGGUUGAAGAAGAGAUUGGUAUCAAGUUAAAUGCAGAAGACAUGGUUGACCUCACUGCUUUCCUUGACUCUGCAACUGGAUGCAGAGUUUUCCCCUCUGGGGGAGGAUGUGACGAAGAAAUCAGUAUUUUUCUGUACAGAGGGCGUGUUGAUAAAGAGAUAAUUACACAACUACAGGGUAAAGAGACUGGCCUUCGGGAACAUGGGGAGCUAAUUAAGGUACGUGUAGUACCAUACAAGAAACUUUGGCGCGUAACAGCGGAUUGCCAAGUUCUGGUGGCUGUUGCACUGUUAGAAAUGGCUAUGAAAGAAGGGCUAUUGCCUACUUUGUCUACCUAA